AAUACACUACACCACCGCUCCGAGGUCAUCGUCAUAAUAUACUGAGAGAGCGAGAAAGAGUUUUUUUAGCUCUCACCCCCCGGAUAAUGCGCGAGUGUGGGACCGUGGGGAGCUCUGCAAAUUUGUAAAGCCCCUUUUAUUUAAAACAAUUGAAAAACGCUUCUGCCUCGCUAUCUGUCAAUGUCAACUGUCAAAUUCAUUUUCUUAGUGAGAACAGUCAAACCAAAUUGUAAUUUUAAAACAAAAACAUACAAAUUACGCGUUAAUUUAUUAAAUUAGGUACCUAUAGUAAAUAAGUUAGUAACUAGUGAAUAGAGGAUCUCAUAAUAUCUCGGCUAUAAAAUGCACAGAAUAGUACAUUUGGAUUUAAAAGGUGCACCGUUUCAAGUGCAUUAUUUGGAGAAGGUGAUAUUAUCAGUAAAGUCAUGGGGAGCCACAGGUAUACUUCUAGAGUGGGAGGACACUUUUCCCUACUCUGCAGCGUUGGCAGACAUCGGCAGCGUGCGUGGCAGCGGGGGCGAUGGCAUGUACAGCAUGGAGGAGGUUCGGCAUCUGCUGAGAUUCAUUCAAGAACAUGGAUUGGAGCCUAUCCAACUGAUCCAGACCAUUGGGCAUAUGGAGUUUGUCCUGAAGCACCCAGCGUACCACAGCCUCCGUGAAUUACCUCGCUCACCAGCCGUGCUGUGCCCGUCCCGGCCUGAGUCUCUACAACUGGUGAAGAUGAUGCUGGAACAGACGCUUGAUGCCCAGCCGACAGCGGAGUACUUGCAUAUUGGGGCUGAUGAGGUGUGGCAUACAGGAAUAUGUGCAGACUGUCAGAACCGAGCUGCGAACAACAUUCACAGCACAGCCAGCCUGUACUUGGAGCACAUACGAGAACUGGCGUUGUUCCUUAAGCAGCGGAGGCCGAAUUUGACUGUGCUCAUGUGGGACGAUAUGCUCCGGUCUGUCAAGGUUGACACUUUGAUUGCAUAUCAGCUAGGAGAGCUGGUGCAGCCAGUGGUCUGGCAAUACAACGCUCUGGAGCACUUCCACCUAGACCCGGCACUGUGGGAGCGCUACCGGCAAGUGUUCCCGCGGCUGUGGGCCGGCUCCGCGUUUAAAGGAGCCAACGGAAGCUGCCAGAUACUGUCCCCAGUUAGAAGGUACGUCAGCAAUCAAGAAGCGUGGAGGCUAGAGGUCAAGAAAUAUGGGCACAGCAUCAGUUUCGCGGGAGUUAUUCUCACUGGCUGGUCGAGGUUCGACCACUACGCGACGUUGUGUGAGCUCUUACCAGUGGCGCUGCCAAGUCUCGCCAGCUGUCUGAAAGUCUGGACUGUUGACGACCUGUCUAUAGAUACAGUAGUAAGCGAGGUCCUACCACCAGAGCAAUGGCCAGGUUCGGAGCUGGCGCAGUGCGUGCACUCUUUCGUCGUGCUUCGCGACCGUGCCAACAGUUUAUUACAUGGUGACUUAGUAAAAACUUGGCUGAAUCCGUGGCAAGUAGAAAAUGGCUACAUAAACCCCGUCCAAGUAGAAGGCCUAGCUAUGACCGUCCAGCAGUUAGUUCUCGAGCUAACGUCUCUCCAAACGUCCUUAACCCGCUCGCUGCUGGCGUUGACGGGGUCGCGCAGCGGGCGCGAGUGGCUGGGCUCGUUCCCCGCGCCGCUGCUGCGCCAGCUGGCGGAGCUGCGCGCGCGCGCCGCCGCCGCCGCCGCCGGCGUCGCCGCCGUCGCGCCCCGGGGGACCGCCGGCACGGCUGCCAGAGAUUGAAACGGAAGAGGUGCGCAGAGGUAAAACGAACACGAAAUUCAUAUGAAAUCAAGAUGGACCAUCAUAACAUGAUAUAGUAUGUUUAAGGACUCGGAGUAUGUAAAAGCAAAUUGGAUCGUUUAAGCAAGGAUAAUAAAAUUUAUAUAGGAUUUACAGUCUCCAUACUAAGAAUCGUACCUCAUGUUUUUAGCGCCACCUAUUAAGUACUAUCAUAACUACACUGAUGAUGCCUA